AGGUUAUUAUUCUUUUGAUCUCCGCUGAAGGUAUCACGUCUUAGAUAAAAACGCUGAGAAAUAGGCUAUAAGAAUUGUCGUAAGCCAAGUAAUGUAACCGCUUGAAGGGUCUAUGCAUUAGCCAUUUCGGCAACGCAAUCGCUUCACGCCCAAAUUUCCAUCGAUUGAUAUUGUUACAUAGCUUGCGUCACCGUCGUUCGAGCACGCCGUGGUUAAGAUCAAAACCUAAUCAGUCGUUUAUUCAACUCCGCGUAGACAGUACAAAACAAAGUACCUUUGUCUUAGUGAAGAUUCAUAGUCAAGUUUAAGGUUAACCGCAAGGUUUAACCGGCAUCUGCAGUGACCCGUGAAAACCAAUAAGUCGGAAGCGAUUAAUAAAAAAAUUCUCGGAGAAGUUUUUUAACGAGUUCCGAAGCAUUGUGCCUCGUCUAUUGUGGCUAGGAUUCUGGGCUUCGGGCUCGUUACGCGAGAAAAUGCACCGCCGUGUUUCGAGAUGAAUUUUAAUGUUUUACGACUUCUCGCGGGCUGGGGCAGCGGCUGAAUAGCGGCAAUAUGUUGCUGAGCUCAUCCGCAUGUCGGUUGACGACCUUCUUCAUUGGUGUUACGGAGGUAUGUUUCAUGAGCGCGCCGGUGGGGCCGUGCUUCUAUUGCUGCCCCCACGAUGACGUGCAGGAUAUACAAUACAAACUGUUCACUAGAUCAAAUCCCACAACCUUCGAGCUGAUCUCAGGAGGCAACAGAGCGUCCCUCCGGCGGACUCGCUUCAACGUGUCCAACCCUACAAUUAUAUAUCUGAUGGGCUUCACUGAAGCCACUACUGGCCGGAGCACUACCACACUGCGCGAUGCAUACCUAUCUAGGGGAGAGUACAACUUCGUGGCGGUCGACUGGGCACGUCUCGUGGCGUUUCCGUGGUACAUAACGGCGGUCCGCAACACCCGCUACAUGGGGGCGCGCUUAGCGGAUUUCGUGCAGUUUUUGGAGCGCGCCGGAGUCCGUGCUUCUUCGUUACAUGUCAUCGGGUUUUCGCUUGGAGCCGAGGCAGCUGGCUUCGGCGGGAAGGAAUUGAGGAGGAGAGGGCUGUUGCUGGGCAGGAUUACUGGCUUGGAUCCCGCCUACCCCGGCUACGGUUUAACCAACAGCGACGGCCAUCUUGCAAGAGGCGAUGCGGCCUUCGUGGACGUGCUGCACACGAACCCCGGGGUCUUCGGCUUCCCCCGGCCCAUAGGCGACGUGGAUUUCUACCCCAACCCGGGGAGCUGGGUGCAGCCGGGCUGCUGGGUCGACCAGCUCAUCAGGAACAGGGAACUGGGGUUUAUGUACGGAUGCAGCCACAACCGAGCUUGGCGUCUGUAUGCAGAAUCAGUGUUAAACCCAGGAGGGUUUCCGGCGACGCUGUGCCGGAGGUGGAGAGGCUCAUCACGUCUAUGUAGCUUUAGAGUUGAUGGUUACAUGGGCUUUGGAGCGCGCCUACCCCUCAGCGGGAAAAUGUAUUUGGAGACCAAUGAGAGCCCUCCGUUUGCGAGAAACGGGCCAUAAGCUUCAAGAAACAGCAGCCCUGUGUCUUAGAAAAUAUUAUAACAUUCUAUAGAAGUAGUAGUCUAACAAUAAGGA